AAAAAAAAAAAAAAAAAAAAAAAAACCAAACUUCACCUCGCGAAUAGUAAGCUAGGCAGCAUAUUAAAUUUGGUAGUGAAACUGGUGAGACGACAGAGGAAAUGGAGGCGGCGAAACCCAGAAAUGGCGGAGCUAAGAUAUGCUUCCUUUGUAAUCAAAGAAAACCUGCUCUUAAACGCCCUAAAACCCUCCAACAGAUUUGCAGGGAAUGCUUUUAUACUGUGUUUGAAGAAGAGAUUCAUAGUUGCAUAAUUGAAAAUCAGCUGUUUAAGCCGGGGGAACGUGUUGCAAUUGGCGCUUCGGGUGGAAAAGAUUCCACUGUCCUUGCAUAUGUGUUGUCAGAGUUGAAUCGUCGACACAACUAUGGCUUGGAUCUCUUUCUAUUAUCAAUAGAUGAAGGCAUCACUGGUUACAGGGAUGACUCGCUUGAAACUGUCAAGAGGAAUGAAAUUCAAUAUGGGUUACCCUUGAAAGUUGUGUCGUACAAAGAUUUAUACGGGUGGACUAUGGAUGAGAUAGUGAAGAUGAUAGGGCUGAAGAAUAACUGCACAUUCUGUGGAGUAUUUAGGCGUCAGGCUCUUGAUCGAGGUGCUGCAAUGUUGAAAGUAGACAAGCUUGUUACUGGACAUAAUGCAGAUGAUAUUGCUGAGACAGUGCUCUUGAACAUAUUACGUGGUGAUAUUGCCAGAUUGAGUAGAUGCACCUCAAUAACAACCGGUGAAGAUGGACCUAUUCCAAGAUGCAAGCCGUUUAAGUAUACUUACGAGAAGGAGAUUGUUAUGUAUGCUUAUUUCAAGAGGCUCGACUACUUCUCCACUGAAUGUAUUUACUCCCCAAAUGCGUAUCGUGGGUUUUCCAGGGAAUUCAUCAAGGAUUUGGAGAGGAUUAGACCUAGUGCCAUACUUGAUAUCAUUAAAUCUGGCGAGAGGUUCAGGAUUGCCACUUCAACAAAAAUGCCAGAGCAGGGGAUAUGUGAGCGUUGCGGUUAUAUAUCAAGCCAGAAAUGGUGUAAGGCUUGUGUGUUGCUUGAUGGACUGAACCGUGGUCUUCCUAAGUUGGGAAUUGGAAGGAGUCGUGUUCAUGAUGAUGACGAGUGUAAAAAGGAAGCUAAACACAUGACUGGAAGCAAGGAGGUCCAAGGAAAACCAUGUGGAAAUUUAGACUUUUGAUGCAAAUACCUUUGCAUUAAUGUUUCUGGCAAGCCAGGAACACGCAUUUUUUGUAGCAAGUGACCGCUGUCUUUUUGUUUUUUUUUGGUAAAUUCAUUUUGAGCAAGAGAGUUUGUGGCUAGAAAUGCAACUAGGUGAUCAGAUCGAAACCUUUUGGUGCAGCAAUUCUAAUGCGUUCUAAUGCAUCACUUAGCCGUUGCUCUUGCCUUUGGGCAUACUGCAGUAUGUGUUUAAUAUGGGGAAUUAAUUCGCCAAUUUACAUUUUCUCAGCUUUAAAUUAUGUUACUUCACUAUAUUACCUCACUAGUUUGUUUGUUUUUUUUUUUUUUUUUUUUUUUUUUUUUUUUUUUUUUUUUUGCGUGUAAUUUUAAUUUUAAAUUGAAGACAGUAGUAAGUACUAAGUAGUAAUGUAAUAUACUAAUAUUACAUCAAUUAUCAUCUUUGUAUCACUGUUUAAAGUAUACAAAAGUAAUUUGUACAACAAAUUAAUUUUUGAAAAUUUUUCUAUAGUGAUAGUUAUCUUUGUUGAA